AUGGUUCUCGAGCUGGAAGAAUCCUCAGAUCCUACAGUGAGGAAUGCACAGGUACCAAUCCGAACAGGCCGGAAGUGGCAAGCAGGGCCAGAGGUUGCCAAAGCCAUUGGCAGGCUCCAACACCAGGAGAUAGUUGGCAGGGUGCAAGUAGGAAGAGCGGGGCUUGGCUGGGGAGAUUCUCCACGCCUUUGGUCCAAGGCCACAAAGAGGGAACGCAGAGCCAUGGUUGUGGAGGAGGUCUCAAGGGCGAACCAGGAGCAAUAUACCAUCAAGGCCGUGUCUCAAGGUCGCCAAGGAAGAUGGACCACUUGGGAAGGUACCCUUAGCAGACCCAUCAGCUGGGCCGACCUAUGGAAGAUGCCCCAAGCCAGACUCAGCUUCCUACUCAGGGCAACUUAUGACACCUUGCCAUGCCCCAGAAACCUCCACCAGUGGUACGGCCAGGAGGAGAGCUGUCCCCUGUGUGGUGCUCCCAACGCCAGCCUGCAGCACUUGCUAUCAAGCUGCAAGAUCGGGCUGACACAGGGUCGCUUCAGAUGGCGACAUGAUCAAGUCCUGAUGAAACUGGCAGAAAUCCUGGAGAGCAGUAGACGAGAGGCCAACAGCCAACCCAUAGCCAAACAACAUUCUGUCAUGUUUGUGAGGCCAGGGGAAGGCAAAGGAGACACCAGCCGAAGAGGCCCCCGCAGUGUCCUCUCUCUGGCAAGGGACUGGAGUAUGAGGGCUGACAUUGGCAAACAGCUCCAAUUCCCCCGUGAGAUCACCACCACUUCACUCCGCCCAGACAUUGUGCUGUGGUCUGCUGUUACCAAGUCUGCCAUGCUGGUUGAGCUUACCAUCCCCUGGGAGGAGGGAAUCCAGGCAGCAUACGAGCGCAAAGCAGCCAAGUAUGCAGAUCUGGCUGCUGAGUGCAGAGAGGCAGGCUGGUCCACUCCCAUCUACCCUGUGGAAGUAGGCUGUCGGGGCUUCGUCGGUACAUCAACCAUAAGGCUGCUCCGAGAUGUGGGAUUGACUGGGGCUAAGCUCCGAAGGGAAACAAAGGCCCUUGCUGAGGAAGCAGAAAAGGGAAGUUUCUGGUUGUGGCUGAGGAGGAGGGAUAAGUACUGGGGGUCGAGGCAAUAAGAUGGGUCAGCUGCAGGGGGUGGCAGGGAGACGUCCCUGCCACCGCUCCGCCACCAGGAGGCGUUCCGGGGUUAAAGAGAGCGAAACUCCUAUGAGCGGUGGUCCCCGGCUGAUGACCCUGCAGCUGACCCAAGGCGCUGUAGGAGGCGCGUCAGGCAUACUUGCCCAGCAGAAACAACACCAUAUCUGUACAAUCAAUCUGCUUUGCAAAAAAUAUUUUUAACCCAAAUACGUGAAAUUAGAUAAUCUCCCACGGCACAGCAGACUGUAUCUCACGGCACAGUGGUUGAAAAACACUCGUGUAAGUAAUAUAGAUGCUGCCGUGUGUGUCUUUCUCUCUCCGUCACUCUCAUCAUCUUUCCCCUCAAGAUUUCCAACGCUGCUGAUAAAGGGAACAGGUGAUUGGAUCACUCGCUCCAGCUGAGGUAUCUGCUCACCUGUAUGCUGCUUCCUGGCCGGCCCCUGCACACGCCCCGCCCGCAGGGAACGCGUAGGCCACGCCCCUCUCCACAACGUCCAGCAGGUGUCAGCAGAGAGUCAUGAAGAGAUUCCCUCCAAGCAGCAGGAGUGGAGCUCCAGUGUGGGACAGAAGGAGCUACAGGCCCCCUCCCACAUUAAAGAGGAAG